AUGUUGCCCUCUAUAUAGCAAUUGUUUAUAUUAUAAGUUGUCAUCAAUUGUCACGUUAUUUGAAGAGUGAGUCAAGUCUUGGAUCUAUUGAUUGGUUUUGUCCAUCAAAUGCACUGAUAUAUCGAUCGCAAUGUAUGCCUACUGUCGGACCAGUCAUUUGCCGACACAUAUCGAGGACUCUAUUUAUUGUAAUUUUUAUAACAAUUAUGAAAACAAUUUGGUGACAAUCGGCUCAACACAACUUAAAGUUUACCGAUUGGUCACCGAAAAUGAAGUGAACAAUGAAACGACAAAAGAUGAACAAAAAGAUGAAGUGGUGGUCAUCGGUAGGGAUGCGUCGAGAGUGCGAUUGGAGUGUAUGCAGAGUUUUACAGUUUUCGGUAACAUCGAGUCCAUCGCUAAAGUGUCGUUUGUCGGCUCACAACGCGACUCAAUAUUAUUGGCCUUCCGAUCGGCCAAACUGUCUAUCGUUGAGUACGACCCAAACACUCACGACUUGAAGACCACUUCACUUCACUAUUUCGAGGAACAGGAGAUGAGAGGAGGUUUUACACAGUUUUCAAUGCCGCCAGUCGUCCGAUGCGAUCCCGAAGGUCGGUGUGCGGCUCUAUUGCUCUACUCGAAGAAUAUUAUGAUUUUGCCAUUUCGUAAGGAUAUCGCUACGGGUGAUGAUCAUAAAAAUAUUUCAACGGUUAGCUUCCCUGUGGGCGGAACGGCUUCCAAGUCACCGGUUAUGGCUUCGUAUAAAUUGGAUCUCAAUAGUGAACAAUACGGAGAAAAAGUCAAUAAUAUUCUUGAUAUUCAAUUUCUGCACAAUUAUUAUGAGCCAACACUUCUUAUACUUUACGAACCGGUCCGCACAUGGGCUGGACGUGUGGCAGUCCGUCAGGAUACAUGUGCUAUGCUUGUACUAUCAUUGGAUGUCCACCAACGGGUUCAUCCACACAUUUGGUCUAUGAAUCAUUUGCCAUAUGACUGCUUCAAAGCAAUGCCUGUUCCCAAACCUAUCGGUGGUGUCUUAAUAUUUGCUAAUAAUUCACUGAUUCAUUUAAAUCAAGGACUGCCACCAUAUGGUGUUUCACUCAAUUGUUUUACUGAAGGCAACACAUCAUUCUUAUUGAAAACACAAGAAGAUGUCAAGAUAUCAUUGGACGCAUCCAAAGCCUGUUUCAUAUCUAAUGAUAAAUUAGUAAUAAGUUUGAGAACCGGAGAACUCUAUGUCUUAAGUCUUUCCAAUGAUAUGACUCGUAGUAUAAGAGGCUUUCAUUUUGACAGAUGUGCCGCAAGUGUUCUCUCGACUUCUAUUACUUUAUGCGAAAACGGUUAUAUAUUUCUCGGUUCACGACUCGGAAACUCCAUACUUGUCCACUACAGUGAAAGACCUUACGAUGAAAUCCAAUCAAAACCAGUCAUUGAUGAAAUUGCAGAUUCAACUGUUGAAGAGCCCAAUCUUGACACGAAAUCUCCUUGUGAUGACCAAAGUGAACAAAAUAAUGACAAACAAGACGAUGACAAAGAUAAAUCUGAUGAACCAAUUGACGAAUUUGGAGAACCAUUAAAUAAAAAAAUUAAAAUAGAAGAAAAUGAUGUGCCUGUGGAUCCAGAAAAGGAUAAUAUCGGUAAUUGGUUUGCCGGUGAUGUGGCCCUUAUUGAGGACAAGGAUUUAUUUGAAGCUUAUGGAAAACAGGAGACAUUGCAAAACAAAAAGGAAACGCCGACAACAUUUGUGUUUGAAGUUUGUGAUUCACUUAUUAACAUCAGUCCGUGCGGUCAGAUUUGUAUGGGAGAACCGCAAAUGCUGGCCGAAGAGUUUUCAUCGGGUAAAGAGCCUGACUUGGAAUUAGUCACUACUUCUGGUUUUGCUAAGAAUGGAGCGCUUAGUGUUCUUCAAAGAACAAUAAGACCACAAAUAGUGACCACUUUUGAAUUGCCCGGUUGUACCGAUAUGUGGACAGUCUAUGGUCCUAAUUCACAGUCAACUAAAGACAAUACAAAUGAUUCAAAGACUGACACAAACUUAAUGCACGCCUAUCUUAUAAUUAGCAGAAUUGAUGCCACUCUUGUUCUUCAAACAGGUCAAGAGAUCAAUGAGUUGGAUCAAAGUGGUUUCAGUAGUCAAACGUCAACAAUAUUUGCGGGUAAUUUAGGUUCCAAUCAAUAUAUACUUCAAGUGUCACCAAUGGGUGUACGACUACUUGACGGUGUCCGUGAACUUCAGCAUUUUCCUAUAGACGUGGGAUCACCUAUUUGUUACACAUCAUUAGCAGAUCCAUACGCUGUACUUAUGAGCCAAAAUGGUGUUAUUAUUUUAUUAUGUCUUAAACAUGAAGCCGGAAGCAAUGCCCGUCUUAUCAUCUCUAGACCAGAAUUAUCGACAGCAAAGUCUAAAAUUGUGACCAUUUGUGUCUAUAAAGAUACCAGUGGUCUGUUCACAACUAAAUCCGAGACUCAAACAGACACUACUAAAGCAAACACAAGUCCGUCGACAGUUCCUAAGUCAUCGACAACAGUGGCCGCACAGUUGUCUGCUCUUCCAAAUGCUACUACAGUUGAUGAAGAAGAUGAACUUCUUUAUGGCGAUUAUAGCAUAGAUAAUACUAUAAAAACUGCUGAAGUCAAUGACGUGCCGACUACUUCUGAAUCAGAUGAAUGUAAAUUACAAGAAGUCAAAUCACAAGAACCAACUUAUUGGUUGUUUAUUGUCAGAGAGAAUGGCGUUCUUGAGAUCUAUAGUUUACCGACAUUUAAAAUAACGUUUUUAGUUAAGAACUUUCCGAUGGCUCCCAAAGUUCUGGUGGAUAGUGUUCAGAGCACAGACUAUACUGGGUCUCAACAGCAACAAGACUUGCCCUCAUCGAUGCCAAUCACUCGUGAAAUUUUGAUUACAGGAAUGGGAGCUAAAGAGUCGCGACCAAUGCUUUUCGCCCGAUUUGAUGACGAAUUACUUAUUUAUGAAGCGUUUCCUUAUAAUGAAACACAAGUUGAUAACCAUUUGAAACUUAGAUUUAAAAAGUUUACAAAUCAUAAUAUUCUUGUAAAUGAACCAAAAUUUUGUCGAAACACCAAUCAAAACGAUUCGAAUGAAACAGAAAAAAAUUGUAGUUUACCGACAACUAAGAUGUGGUUGCGUUGCUUUCAAGAUAUUUCUGGCUAUUCUGGAGUUUUCCUCUGCAGUCCAUAUCCUCAUUGGUUUAUAAUGACAUUCAGAGGAGAGUUACGGAUUCAUGAGAUGACUAUCGAUGGAUCGGUUACUUGUUUUGCGCCUUUUCAUAACGUCAACUGUCAAAAAGGUUUCUUGUAUUUCAAUAGCAAAGAAGAGUUACGUAUAUGUGCUUUGGGAACACAUCUCAGUUAUGACGCUAAUUGGCCGGUCAGGAAAGUACCACUUAGAUGUACUCCACAUUUCAUUAACUAUCACGUCGACAGUAAGACAUAUUGUUUAGUGACCAGUGUUUUGGAAGAAGUUACCAAAAUUGUCAGAAUUGGUGGCGAAGAGAAAGAUUACGACUUUCUUGAAAGAGAUAACAGAUAUAUUUAUCCGAAGACCGAACGGUUUUCAAUUCAACUCAUAUCACCCGUUAAUUGGGAUAUAAUACCGCAGACAAAAGUGGAAUUAGAGGAAUGGGAACACGUGACGUGCCUUAAGAAUGUUAUGCUCGCUUCCGAGGGCACAGAAUCCGGACUUAAAGGAUACAUAGCUUUUGGUACUAAUUAUAAUUAUGGCGAAGAUGUCACAAAUCGAGGGCGGAUUUGGAUUCUUGACAUCAUUGAAGUAGUUCCUGAACCAGGAAUGCCAUUAACUAAAAAUAAGAUUAAAAUAGUUUAUUGUAAGGAACAGAAAGGUCCGGUCACUACUCUUUGUCAGGUCAAAGGAUUUCUAUUGACAGCAAUCGGUCAAAAACUAUAUAUUUGGCAGUUAAAGGAAUCAUCACUUAUUGGAAUCGCUUUCAUCGACACUCAAAUCUACAUUCAUUCAGCCAUUUCCAUCAAAAAUCUCGUUCUUAUUGCUGAUAUCUAUAAGUCUAUAUCAAUACUACGAUAUCAAGAGGAGACCCGAACUCUAUCGCUUGUCAGCAAAGAUUGUCGUUCACUUCAAGUGUAUUCAUGUGAUUAUGCCGUCGAUGGUUCACAAAUGUGUUUCGCUGUUUCUGAUUCUGAAAAGAAUAUAAUUUUAUAUUCAUAUCAACCAGAAGUGAGGGAAAGUAUGGGAGGAACACGACUAUUAAGACGAGCCGACUAUUACUUCGGUUCAGUUAUUAAUUCAUUUUUUCGAAUUCAAUGUAAAGUUCCCGUAAAUAUUAAAGACAAAAGAGUUAAACAACAGUUACAGACGAGACAAAUAACAAUGUUUGCAACACUUGAUGGUAGUCUCGGAUAUUUGCUACCAAUUUCAGAGAAGACAUACCGAAGACUAUUGAUGUUACAAAACGUAUUAACCAUUUCACUCCAACAUACGGCAGGACUUAAUCCAAAGGCGUUCCGAAUGAUCAAAAUCUCGAGACCUGAGUUAACUAAUCCAUGCAAAAACAUAUUAGACGGCGAUCUGCUCACUAAAUUCGCUACACUUUCGAUGAAUGAGAAGUCAGAUUUGGCCAAAAAGAUUGGUACCACACCUUCGCAAGUGAUGGAUGACCUCCAAGAGAUAGAUAGAGUCGUCGCUUACUUUUAA